AUAAACAUUCGAAAUACAAAGACAAAAAUUUUGAAUUUAGUUCAAACAAUUGCAUAAAUAAUUCUGAAUUGUCCUAUGAGGAUACAAGUAUUAAAGAAAAAGAAACAUACAAAUCUAGUACAACUGGUUGUAAAAAUGAUAUUUCUAAUAAGCUAUAUGUAUCCAAGGCAGACAGUGAGAAUUCAGUUUUAAGUACACAUACAUAUUUAAAUCAUGAUUCGUCAAUGGAACCUUCAUGUUACAAUGAAAGAUUAACAAAUAAUUGUGAUUUAGAUGCUAAGACAGACUUUCCAACUAAAGAAAAAUUAGUGAAAAGUAAAUCUAUGAAAAGUUUUGACCGUAAUCAUAUUUUAAUAUUACCUGGAACACCAGAAAGAUAUAAAUGUAGUAUUUGCAACAAAAUUUUUCGAAACAAAAAAGGGAAAUGUUAUCACGAUGCUUGUGUAACAGGUGUUAAACCCUAUAAAUGUUCUUUUUGUGAUAGAACAUUUAUUAAACGUUCUCAUUUUGAAUAUCAUGAAAGAGUUCAUAGAGGAUACAAACCAUAUAAGUGCAACCUUUGUGAAAAAGCAUUUCCUCAACAGAAUAAACUGAAUAGGCAUAUGUACUCGCAUAAUAAAGAAAAACAGUUCAUAUGCCCUCAGUGUAAUAAAGGAUAUACUAAGAGAGAUGAUUUAAAAAACCACUUGAACACACAUAAUGCUACAGCUAGGUAUUCUUGUAAAUCCUGUGAAAAAUCUUUUGGAAUAUUAACCAACUUAAAGCGUCAUUUAAAGAUACAUACAAGUGAAAGACCUCAUACAUGUGACGAAUGUAAUAAGAGUUUCAAAGAUAAAUCAUUGUUAAUUCGUCAUAAAAAAAUACACGGAAAAUAUCGUCCAUUUUCAUGUGCACACUGCAGCAGAGUAUUUUUAUCUAAAAGUGAAUUAAGACGUCACCUGACAGUUCAUUCAGAUGAAAAACCAUUUUCUUGUAUAUAUUGUCAAACUGUAUUUAGGAGAAAAGAUAAUUUACAUCGUCAUAUUAGACAUCAUCAUCCAGAUAAUUCAGUUUUGAAAAGUACUGAAUUACAAGAUACGAUUUCUAAUACAAGUACAAAUUUAGUAAAACCUAAACUAAUAAAUUCAAAACAAAAGCAAAAACCAAAAAAGACACAAAGAAUAACUUCCAAUUCAUCAUUGAAACAUUCAACUAAAGUAUCAAUGGUUUACGUAAGUUCUAAUGAUCAAAUUAAUUCUAGAUUAGAUUCAAUGGGUAAUAUUACACCUGUCAUUAGAACUACUAGUGAAGUGUGUAACGCAGUUCCUGUCAUUAAUGGACCAAUUAGUAUUAAAAAGCCAGAGGAUAAGACUGAUACUAGAAAAAAAACAUUUACAUAUACAGAACCAAUACCUCUUGCUGAAGCUGUAGUAAUAAACAGACGUAUUGAAGAGAAAUUAUAUCCACAAAACGUACCUAAUCAUAAUUACUUUUUUCGAAAUUAUUUAAAUAGUGUGGAUAAGUCACAUCCCCCUCUUAUGAGUCAAACAUGUCGCACAAACUCUCACAUGAUGAAAAAUUCUAUAAAUACAAUGUCUGUUAAUGAAAAUCAAUUUCCAGAAUCAAGUUCGGAUACGCAAACAAGUGUACCUUGUCAUAAUGUGGAAAAAUAAAUUUAUAACCAAAUAAUAGUAUCCAAUUAAGAAUUGGAGAUAGUGAUGAAUCAUCUAAUAUAAUGAAUAAUUUUGUAAGAAUUGUGUAGUUCAAACCACGAAUAAUCACAAUACUAACAAAAAAUAAGAUUUGAAUAGUCUUUAAUUAUUAAAUAUCAAGUUGUUUAAAGGAUAUAUUAAAACAUUUUAUUCAAAAAUAAUACAUAACAUAGUAUUUCACUGCCAAGAAAAUUCUACGAAUACAAAGAAAAACACAAACUACUUACUUAAUUCAUGGGAUGAUCAUUUAAGGCAACUUUUAAUUUAUAAAAAAUAUUGCACCAAGUAUUUUACCACGUAUAACAUACAAACAAAUAAAAACAAUUUUAAAUGAAUUUGGAUGUUAUUAUUGUGCCCAUUUAUAUCUUAAAAUAUACAUUAUAAAAAUAAAGA